UAUAUAUAAAAGCAAAUCUGGUAGCUGGCCCUUUAAGAAUUCAACGGUCGGUUCUCUAAACCUCCUUGCGGUCUGUUCUGUUCUUACGAUCUCGCGAUAGCCUCACCUCAGUGGCGGCUGUGUGGCCCCCUGUCUUAGUCCGGACGGAGUUGUUUCUGACGUUUGAAUGAAAUACAGUGCAAAUUACCUCCACGUUGGACCCAGGAAAUAAUGGCUUCAGCCUUGGAGCAGUUUGUGAACAAUGUGCGGCAGCUCUCCGCUCAAGGCCAGAUGACUCAGCUAUGUGAGUUGAUCAACAAAAGUGGGGAGCUGCUGGCCAAAAAUUUGUCCCACCUGGACACGGUGCUGGGGGCCCUGGACAUCCAGGAGCACUCCCUAGGUGUGCUGGCUGUGCUAUUUGUGAAGUUCUCCAUGCCAAACAUCCCUGACUUUGAGACGCUCUUCUCCCAAGUCCAGCUCUUCAUCAGUACCUGCAAUGGGGAGCACAUUAGAUAUGCAACAGACACUUUUGCUGGUCUCUGCCACCAGUUGACAAACGCACUUGUAGAGCGGAAACAGCCAUUGAGGGGUGUCGUGGUCCUAAAACAGGCAAUAGACAAAAUGCAGAUGAACACAAACCAACUUACCUCAGUUCACGCAGACCUGUGUCAGCUGUGUUUGUUAGCAAAGUGCUUCAAGCCAGCCCUGCCCUUUUUGGAGGUGGACAUGAUGGACAUCUGCAAGGAGAACGGAGCCUACGACGCAAAGCACUUUUUAUGUUACUACUAUUAUGGUGGCAUGAUCUACACGGGCCUCAAAAAUUUUGAAAGAGCACUGUAUUUUUAUGAACAGGCAAUAACCACUCCAGCCAUGGCAGUGAGCCACAUCAUGUUGGAAGCCUAUAAAAAAUACAUCCUGGUGUCACUCAUUCUCCACGGCAAAGUGCAGCAGUUGCCCAAAUACACUUCACAAAUAGUAGGGAGGUUCAUCAAGGUAAGGAUGCAUGACUGGUGGGUGAUAUUUUUUCUUUUUAGAGGUGUAGCCAAGAAGUGUCAUUUUCUAAAAUCACCAAAAAGUAGUAAUAAUAACAGUGUAUUGAUGCUCAGUAAUACCUUCCUGACACUGUCUUUGCAAGACAUGGCGAGUCGAGUGCAGCUUUCAGGCCCACAGGAAGCAGAGAAAUACGUCUUACACAUGAUUGAAGAUGGUGAGAUCUAUGCUAGCAUUAACCAAAAAGAUGGUAUGGUCUGCUUCCAUGACAACCCUGAAAAAUACAACAACCCAGCAAUGCUCCACAAAAUUGACCAAGAGAUGUUGAAAUGUAUACAGCUGGAUGAGAAACUAAAGUCUAUGGAUCAGGAAAUCACAGUAAACCCACAAUUUGUGCAGAAGAGUAUGGGAUCGCAGGAGGAUGAUGUCGGUAGCAAAACGUCUAGUUAUUCCUGAGGGGCCUUGGAUGGGGAGAGAACGCUGCAGCCACCCAACACGUUCUUCCCAGGAUGAGUUGGAUUUUUUUAAAAGAGGAAAAACAAACAUUCUAUCUCACAUAAGGACAUUGGUCAAGGAAAAUCUAAUUGUGUGGAAUGAUGAUAAAUUUGGUUAUUCUUACUUCACAGUGUCUUAAGGAUAACAUGAGAUCCUUACAGAAAAAGGAGGAAAAAAGAAAAAAAAUUACAAUUUUGUCAGUGUUUUAUUUAUCAAUGUUCAGGUUGAAGCGCCACUGCUACAUUAACAGAAAUCACAAUAAUAAAAACUGGACUUAUUUGUUCCAAACGUA